AUGUAUCAAUUGUGCGAAGAAACUACCGCUUUGCGAGGGGAUGUGCCCGAAUUUGUGGGUUUUGGGGUAGUGAGGAUCGACUUGAACACUUGUGAACAAGAUAGAAAAAAUUAUCCCGGUAAUGUAAAUCCUCUCAACUGCAUGACAUUAGAUCUCAGCUGCAAGUUUUGGCGAUCAUCUGGUGACCAUCGAUGGGAAAUCGGGACACAGGGUCGGCCAGCUAAUCCCCUUACUGGAGUUCGAGGUCCACCCGAAACUGCUCAAAAAUUUCUGGUUGCCCCAUUUCUGGAUCGUAACGUCAGAAAAUACGUUCUUGUAUCUGACGUCAUCGCUACUCCAGCAGCAGAACCUGUUUUCUUUUGCUUCUACGAAUACUUUGCUACACAAGGACUAUCUCUAUCCGUUUGCACUGAAGACAUGAACUGUUUCUACAAGAAAGUCUCCGUCGAAUUGGGAGAAUCAAUAGCCGUAAUUUCUUCAUAA